GCCGCGUAGAGAGCAAAGACAAAGCAACGGGCCUUCCCUUGGGCGGCUCUGUGGCGUAUUCGAAGUUCAGCUCUCGAGUGUUCUUCUCGGUGUUCUCCGCCGUGUUCAUAGGAAAAAAGUGGUCAUAAAUUGUGGCAUUUUGUGCGACCGAUUUCUCCAGAAACUUGCUCCGUGUUUUGUGUGUUAAAUCAACAAAAGAAGAAAACAACUAACCAUCAACAAUGGCUGAGAAACCGAAGCGUCCUCUGUCUGCGUACAUGCUGUGGCUCAACUCGGCCCGCGAACAGAUCAAGAAGGAGAAUCCCGGAAUUAAAGUGACAGAGAUCGCCAAGAAGGGUGGUGAGCUGUGGCGCGGAAUGAAGGAUAAGAGCGAGUGGGAAUUCAAAGCUGCCAAGAUGAAGGACGAGUACAACAAACAGAUGCAGGACUUCGAGCAAAAUGGUGGCAGCAAGGAUACCGUCACAAAGAAAAAGAAAGGUGCAACUAAGAAAGUGGUGAAAAAGAGCAAAAAGAAGGAUUCGGAGGAUGAGGAUGACGAGUCUGGAGAUGAGAGCGACUGAACUAAUCACUAACCUUAAAAUAAUUAUUUUUAAUUUAUUGUGUAAAUGUUCGGGGCCUUACUUCAGCAACAAAUCACAGCAUCUCCCUCUCAAAACAAAACACACAGCAAAACGUACACCACCCCCUACAUCAUCUCAAAAGAUAUCCCUCAACUCAACCAAUUGCUGUCUCCAAAAAAAAAAAAUACUAAAACCAAAUGCGCAACACCUCUCGCGUUGGAGAAGUGUACUUUCGACAUCUUUAGUACAACAUACCUACCAGUACGAAAACUAAAUCUAAACCAGAAUUCUAAUCGCCUCCCUCCUCCCCCACUUUCAUUCUACAUUCACUUUGUUUUCCUUCAUCGUUCUGUCCUCACUAGAGAAAUUCCACCCAAGCUUAUAAUAAAAAGAAACAACGGCUUUUACAUCAAACCAACCCUCUAACCAUCACCACCCACCCACCACCACCAUUCGCCGGCACCACACCACUUUACACAAAGAAACGAAUGAAAAAAAAACAAAUGACAAAGAUUUGAAAAUAGAGUUUUACCUAUUGAAAAACACAAAAA